UUUUUUGAGAUGGCUAUGGCACCUCGGGCCCUGGCACUUCUGCUGCCCCUGGUGCUCAUCCUGCUGAGCCCGGCACCGACUCCCACCCUGGGCGGAUGCCCAUCGGCUUGCCGGUGCUCUUUUGCCAUGCUGCAGUGCCUGGAACCCAAUGGCAUAACCAGCAUCCCGCCGCUUGCUUUGCAAGAGAGCGAGAACGUGACAGAGAUUUACAUAGAAAACCAAGCCGGCCUGGAGAACAUAACAGAAGUCGACCUUAUCUUCUACAGAGAGCUGAAAAACCUGUAAGUCAUUCUUUUCUCUCAACUUAUUUUGAGUUUAAACUUGGCAUCAAACUCUCUGGAGCACAUCAGCUGGAAGGUGUUUCAUUUUCUGCCUCUGCUUAACCUCGUUUUGAGAGACAACCCUCUCAUUUGCUCGUGUGAGCUCUACUGGCUGAAGCAGUGGCAAGAACGCGGUGACCUGGAUAACCAAAUGUUGUCUUGCUUGUCUGAUGGCGAGAAAAUAUCCCUUUUCAAUUUGAUGAUAGAAAACUGCAGAAGCCAGGCGAGGAGCAGCCAGUCAGGAGAAAUUGGAGUUUUUAUGAGGUUGAACACCAGUCGAGAUGUGCUGUAUGUGAGAGCCAACACACUGCAGGAGAGCGGAGACUCUGCGCUGGAGCUGGUCCUUUACCUCACCAACGUUUCCUCCAAGGACAACCUACACAACCUGACUUGCGAGGCCGAGAACCAAGCUGGGCCAGGGGAGAGGAUGGUGCAAUUGGACAUUGAGUUUCCAGUCAGAAUAAUCUUCCUGAAUAAUGCUGUGCCGCAGCACCACUGGUGUUUUCCGUUUGCCGUGGACGGCAAUCCCGAACCGAACAUCACCUGGCUUUACAACGGCACGAAAUUAAACGAGACCAGAUACAUAUACACGCAGCCCAUCGUAGAUUCAGGCGAUGGAUCGGAGAAGCACGGAUGUCUCUUCCUUGACAAGCCAACCCACGUCAACAAUGGCAACUACACUCUGAUUGUGGAGAACAAACUGGGAAGAGAUGAGGCCACCGCACAUGGGUACUUCAUGGACAACCCCUUUGACAAUUCUGAUGGGAUAAUUCCAUACGUCGUGGGUCAAAGUCCUACAAACAAAUCAGACAUGGACGUCACGGAAAACCCGGAGAGUCGGAUGUAUUUGGUGUAUGUGGCCGUGGGUCUCGGUGUGUUUGCUUGCAAACUUCUGCUCAUCAUGGUUUUGGUUGUCUACAAAUGUGGCCAUCAUUCCAAGUUUGGAAUUCACAGAUCAUCAGUUCUGGGGAAGGAGGAUGACCUGGCCGUGUCACUGCGCUUCAUGAAUUUUGGUACCAGCCCGCCUUCCUCCGAUGAAGACUCUGGCUUGUCUAGCUUCGUAGAGAAUCCACAGUACUUCUGCAGCAUAAUCAAAGACAAAGACAUGUGUGUCCAGCAUAUUAAAAGGCAGGAUAUUGUUUUGAAGUGGGAGCUGGGGGAAGGAGCGUUUGGCAAAGUCUACCUGGCAGAGUGUGCAAACCUCAGCCCCGACAACGACAAGAUGCUCGUAGCCAUCAAGACUCUGAAGGACGCAAAUGAGUCCACCCGGCAGGACUUCCAGCGGGAGGCGGAGCUGCUGACGGUGCUCCAACACCAGCACAUUGUGCGGUUCUACGGCGUCUGUACCGACGGAGAGCCGCUGGCCAUGGUGUUUGAAUACAUGAGGCACGGAGACCUGAACCGCUUUCUUCGAGCUCACGGCCCUGACGCUCACAUCCUGGACGAGUCCAAGAUGCCCCCGCUGGGUGAGCUCACUCUGCCUCAGAUGCUGCACAUUGCUGCUCAGAUUGCCUCAGGCAUGGUCUACCUCGCAUCGCUGCACUUCGUUCACCGUGACCUGGCAACUCGCAACUGUCUGGUUGGAGAGGGUCUGGUGGUCAAAAUCGGAGACUUCGGCAUGUCCAGAGACAUCUACAGCACAGAUUACUAUCGGGUGGGUGGACGUACAAUGCUCCCGAUCCGCUGGAUGCCCCCUGAGAGCAUCAUGUACAGGAAGUUCACGACGGAGAGCGACAUCUGGAGCUUUGGCGUGGUCCUCUGGGAGAUCUUCACCUAUGGGAAACAGCCAUGGUAUCAGCUGUCCAAUAGCGAGGGUUACAGUCCUGUCAACAAAGCCAUCACGAAGCUGUAUGAGACACUGUCCUAA